AUGAUAAUGCGACGGGCGGGGAGCCUCCUUGGUGUUCUGGCCUCUCUCGGCCAGAGGCCACGGGUCGUCCGCCCACUGUUAAUGAGCCGUUCUCUGGCCACCUCCCGGCACACAACCCCUCGGCGUGGUAGCUCAAUACCUGUCGCCAUUAUCACCAGCGGCCUCUUCAUCUGGUGGCUGUACCCUUCUGGCGACUUUGCACAACUCUCGGACCAAGGCGAGGGCGGGAAGUUGCCCAACACUAAGCAAGCCGUCCAGCGCGAACGGCUCGAUCAGCUCGGCGACGGCGACGACGACGGCGAAUAUGUUCAGGAUACAGACAAGCUUGCAUGGAUCAGCUUUUCCCAACGCUUCGAAUCACUCUCGCUCACGACUGAUCUGGAAUGGUCGGCCUUGUCGGACAAACUAGUGGGAUACAUCCUCCCCGAGUGGUCCAAGCUCAUUCCGGGUUUCAUGCGGAAGCUUCAACGUGAACUUUCCAUGUCACCGGGCUCGCUGGCCGAUGAGAUAUGGCACGAGGCCCACGACCCAAACAUCAACCCUGAAAUCCGAUACGCGGCCGAGGUUCGUGUGUCGUCUGAGCUUUGCGACGAAGAAAAGGAGUACCUCUCCAGAAGACGGAGGGUGGUAAAGGUUGCCCUGGCCAAGUAUCUUGGCCUGGACGAACAUGAUAUACACCCCGAUGAUGUUCCAACCAUUGCCAUAUGCGGUUCUGGAGGCGGCUUGCGGGCCCUGGUCGCUGGCACCGGGUCCCUUCAUGCCGCCGAGCAGGACGGACUCUUCGACUGUGUUACCUAUACAGCCGGAGUGAGCGGCUCCUGCUGGCUCCAAGCUCUUUACCACUCUUCCUUUGCGGGGAGUUUCGGCGCUGUCCUUGAACACCUGAAAGCUCGCGCUUCCACGCACAUUGCGUACCCACCCGUUGCUUUCUCCUCCCUAACGUCGAUGCCAACAAGCAAGUCUCUCCUGUGCGGCUUGGUAGAGAAGCUCAAAGGCGACGCCACGUCGAGCUUUGGCCUCGUAGAUAUCUAUGGCCUCCUCCUAGGCGCCAGAUAUCUGGUGCCUAAGGGUGAGCUUGGGGUCAAUGAUCGAGACUUCAAGCUCUCAAAUCAGAGGGAGUACGUCAAUCUUGGGCAACGCCCGCUGCCCGUGUAUACCGCUGUACGACACGAGAUCCCCGCCCCCAACGACAAUGCCGCAGGGCCGCCCGGGGAAACAGAAGAGGAGGCUAAGGGGAAGACUUGGUUUCAGUGGUUCGAGGUCACACCAUACGAGUUCUUUUGCGAGGAGUUUGGCGCCGGAAUCCCUACCUGGGCAAUGGGGAGAAAGUUCAAAGAUGGAAAAGACCUGCCACCUGAGCAUGGUUUUCAUCUACCCGAGAUUCGCGUCCCGCUCCUGAUGGGCGUCUUUGGCAGUGCAUUUUGCGCUACUCUCAGCCAUUACUACAAAGAAAUCAGGCCCCUUGUUCAGAGCCUGGCCGGAUUCGGCGCCGUCGACGAGGUCGUCUUCAGCAGAGACGAAGAUCUGGUCAAAGUUCAUCCCGUCGACCCUGCUACCAUUCCCAACUUUGCGUAUCGCAUGAAUGGGAAGUUGGCCAAGACUGCUCCUGAAAGCAUCUAUGACCUAGAGUACAUUCAACUCAUGGACGCGGGAAUGUCGAACAACCUACCCAUCUACCCCCUCCUUCGCCCCGGCCGGGAUGUCGACGUAAUCAUUGCCUUUGACGCGUCGGCAGACAUCAAGUCUGAUAAUUGGCUUUCUGUCGCUGACGGAUAUGCUCGCCAGCGCGGCGUCAAGGGCUGGCCCGUAGGAAUCGGUUGGCCGAAGCCGGAGGACACGAUUGAGGAUACCAAAGCGCAAUUGGCCGAUGCCGAAGCUGAUACGGCACGAGAGGCACAGCGAAAAGUGCAGGAUGCCAAGCUCAAUCAGCAAGCGCUGCGAACGAGAGCGGGAGGCGUGUCGAAAGAUAUCUCCAGCAAGGAUGAAGACGCCAGGUUCGCCCCGGGCGACUGUUUGGCUGGUGGCUUGGGCUACUGCACCGUCUGGGUUGGCACAACGCAAGAGAGGUCGUCCGAGCCGCCACCCCGGUCCAAGGCAAUCACAGAUGCCACCAGCACGUGGGAAUUGAUGCAGCCCGAUGCCGGCAUCACUGUCGUGUACCUCCCGUUCCUGUCGAACAAGAAGGUGACGGACGUCUCUCCCGGCACAACCCAGUUCCUAAGCACGUGGAACUUUGUUUACACCCCUGAGCAGAUAGACAGCGUCGUACGGCUUGCGCAGGCCAACUACGACGAAGGUAAGGAGCAGAUUCGAGCCACCAUCCGUGCCGUCUAUGAGCGCAAGAAACAGCUCCGCGAAAGGACAGAGGAGCAGAUGCAGGAGAAGAGUGUGCAUAAGUGGGCGGCGCGCACGCUUCUCGACGUGAAUGACCACUUCAGCUGA